AAGCCAAACUUAAUCAAAUCGAAUCGAGGACGUUCGUCUCCGACGGCCACAUUUCCGGGCCGGCCAGACAGCCUCGGUAUUAAACGGAAAAGCCACUAAAAAUUCUAAGAUUUUCUAUUGGUGCCCAAGUGGUGGCAGCUCAUUCGUCACCAUUGCGAUCACUGCCAGUGCUUGUUUACCAGCUGCAUAUAAUAUAGAUAUAGUGCUACUGGCUUCUGCCUGAAAUAAGAUUUAAGAGUGAAAUUUGGUUUUGCUGAUUCCAUCAUAAUAGCUACGAUAAAUUUUAACCAUUUAGAUAUUUGUACCUAUUUUAUUUUGCUCAUUCUUUAUAUAUAUAUAUAUAUAUCUAUUUGGUUAAAUCUUCAAAUUGAUUCCUCAAUUAUGUCAAGGUUGAGCCCAAAGGUUCCUUCCCUUCCUUCUCUUCCAAAAUACAUAAACACCGCAAACUGCGUGAAAGAUGAAAAGGCACCAGCUCUUGAAGAUGCUGAAGUUCUUGAUGAGGUGAAAGAAAAUAAGAAACGCCACUUGAAUGUUGUGUUCAUUGGUCAUGUUGAGGCUGGGAAGUCAACAUUUGGAGGACAGAUACCCUUCCUUAGUGGUCAGGUUGAUGAACGUACGAUCCAAAAAUAUGAGAAAGAAGCAAAAGACAAAAGUAGAGAAAGCUGGUAUAUGGCAUAUAUUAAGGACACUGAUGAAGAGGAGAGAAUUAAGAAGUUGGAAGAGCACGCUUUGAGACUGAAAAUAGUAGGUUUACCAUUUUGGAUGCACCAGUAAGCAAUUAUUUUGAAGCUAAAACACCAUGAUUUUGUAUUUUUUAUAUGAUUUCCUCUCUUCAUUAUUAAUUUUUGUUGGAUAAGGUUAUAUGUUUUAGCUAGUUUAUUGCUUUUGUAUAUCUAUAUUUUGUGAAUUAUGAUAUGAUUCUAUGAGUUGAAAAAGAUGAGUGAUAGAUGGAAGGGAUAGUUUCUAAUUAAUGCUUUAAUAAGAUGCACAAUCUCAA